AUGAGGAUGAAGAGGAUGGCCUACUGUGCUCUCGCGAUCCCACAAGAAAUUGCUGCAGAUGUCUAUUCAUCUGACAGAGUGGUUGACGCAGGAACCCCAUCACAAGAAAUGCCAACAUGCAUCAAAGACAGAGAUGAUCUCCUGAGAUGGAUGUGUGAGUCUUUUCUAGGAACAUAUGUCCAGAGAAAUGAAGAAGUUGAACAGGAUAAUUCAACUACAGUUCCAGAUGAAGAAUGUUCAGAGAAUCAACAGGCUAGAGCUGAAGAUGCUGCAAGAGAAGAAGUGACCCCAACUCAAGCAGGAGAGGCUAGUAGAGGAAAAAGUACAGAUGCUCCCACUAGUGUUGAAGAAGAGGUUGCUACUAUUCUAACUUCAAAUAAGAAGUUCAAGACUGUAGUUGAGAGAGGACUUGUAGUUGAAAUAAUAAUAGAUGAAGUGGCUUUUGAAAAGUAUGGGUUGGCUGAACUACUGAAAGAAAGGUAUCUUUACAAGUCUUCAACAUUUGCUGAAAGCUAUAGUUUGUCACUAGUGCAAGAAUUUUACAGUAAUCUGCUGCCAUCUGACAAAGGCAUCACUAGAGUUUAUGUUCGAGGUAAGUGGAUUUCUUUUACUCUAGUUUUCCUGAACAAAUUCCUGGAGUUUAAAUCGGAGGUGAAAGGUAACUAUGAAGAAGGGAUAGAGUUGAAUGAAGAUGUUCUGAAAGAUAUUACUGGAGGAAGAAUAGAAUCGUGGGGAGAAGAGACAAGACUUUCAGCCUCCACCCUCAUAGCCAAGUACAAUGUUCUGUUUAGACUUGGCAUUCAGAAUUGGUUACCAAUCCCACACAAUUUUAGCAUAGUAAAGGAGCUCGCGCUUCUAUUGUUUGCUGUUGGUACCGGCAAGAAGUUCAAUCUGGGAAGGCAGAUCUUCCAGAACAUUGUAAAAGAAACUAACUAUACAAGCUCCUCAACAUCACUUGGGUACCCUGCACCACUAUCACAGUAUUUAUUACAACAUGGAGUACAACUCAGGAAGGGAGAAGCAGUCACAGUAGUGAAAAAACUGAAGAUUUCUUAG